GUCUGAACCGACGCGAUCAAAAAAAUAUUUCCUACGAGAUGACAUAAAAGUUGGGCUUAAAAUCCAAAUUAUAAUUUUAACCCCUUAUUGGGCCCAAUUCGUAAUUAAUUGCCCUAACAAUUUAAUUAAUUCUUUUGGGCCUGAUUUCGGGGCGUUACAUUAAAUCAGAUGACAUGAUGUUUAAAUUAGUGAAUUUUCAGAAGUUUGGUCAUCAUGAGGAUCCGAUUAUAAUGGCCUCUCAAGCGACGCAAAUCUAUUACAUUGUUGAUCCUAAAGAUAAAAAUUGGUCUGUUGUUCGACAAGGGAAAAGGGCAUCAGUUGAGUUGGACGAUGGUAUGGCAGACAAACAGAAGAAGAAAAAGGUUAGAGGUGCUGGGAAAUACGAGAAGCUGUAUAAGAGGAUGAGGGAGGGUCACCCGCCUAUAGAACUUGAGUGGCAGCGUGGGGAGCCUGAACGUGGACCACCUGAAGGCCACAAUACUAGAUGGGGUUCAGGAUAUAUAUAUGUGAUACCUCCCGGUGGGGUCCGGCAUGUCAUGACGGUUGCCGGGUCGAGAUUUUGCGCUUUCAGGACAUAUUUACAAGGAUCCUAUUUGACGGGAGGUGGGGAUCAUUACGGGACCUACAGAAGAAGAAUCCUUAUCCGCACUAUAUGGACCGAGGUGGAUAUGCCAUGCUUCAGCGUGAGUUGGCUGCUUCUCAGGCCACCACUUCUGCCGAUAUCGCUGGUUCGUCUACUGAGACAGGUUCUCAGCUCUGCUGAUAGGAUAGACCAGCUGAAGAAAGAGGUCGCAGCCGGUACCUUUGUGCCAGAUGGGCACAAUGAUGUUCUGACUAGAGCUUUAGGGUCUGCUGAGCACUCGGGGCGGACGAGGGGUGUUGGCUCAUAUUCAGGCUUACGUAAAGUUUUCAAAGGCAACAUGAAGCCUCGUAAGCCCGGAGGUAACUAUAUGACUGAGGAGGAUCUUUUACAGCGUCUUCCUUCCCUUUUGCAGCAGUAUGGAGUAUUUGUGUCCGGGGGUGCUCUAGACUUUGCAUCCAUGUCGCAGCACACACCUGCUGUAGCACCUCAUUAUGGGCAGCGUAGUAGCAAGGCGUCUACAGAUUUCGUUGACUUCGCCGAUCUCACUGAUGUUGCUGUUUGUUACUUGAGGAUCUCUUAUCCAGCCGAUUAUAUAGUGGCACAUGGAUCCAGCUGGUUCAUCAUUAGCCUUGGAGAGGCCGGUGCUUUCUAAUGCUCCAACACAUGGUUUGCACUUUCCUACUCUUUUACUUUUGCACAAGCCUAGCAACACCUACAUUGAUAUGCAUCCUCAUUGGCUAGGCUUUCCAUUUGAGCCGGGAGAACACUUUCUCCUGCAUUGCUCAAGGGUUCGGGAGAGGGUUCAUACUUUAACUUUUGAUCAAUCUUUUACUCUCCCGAACACCACCCCCUUACGUACUACUUUUUCAAAACCGAAGGGGGUGUUUCUUGGGAAGCAUUUGAAGUUAUUUUGACUUCCCAACUUCAAACGCUCCAAGGGUGUUUUCCUAGGGAAGCACCUAAAGAAAUUUCUUUUCAAAAU